GGGAUGGGGAGGGCGGAGAGGCCGGCGGGCCGCCAGGCAGACGCGGCCGCGGCAAGCGGGCCGGCCGGAGACAGACGACGCGGAGGCGGAGGCGGAGGCGGCACCCGCGGGCAGCACCGUCUCCCGCUUCCCCUCCCGGCGCUGCGGGCCGGACGGCCGGGCCGGGGAUUCCCUGCGAGCCGGAGAGGAGCCGCCGCCGCCAGGCCGGCUGCGCGUCCGGGGAGCGUGGAAGGGGGCGGGGAGCGCGGGGAGCCGGGGCCGAUCCGGCCCUUAAAAAGGCCCCCCGCUGCCCGCGCCCCCACCCUGCGCCCCCGCCGCCUCGCUCCGGAGCCGCGGCCGCAGUUUCCAUUGGUUGGAGUCCGGGAAUGGCUGGUUCUGUGCUCAGGAUCUCAGAAGGCUGCAAACAAGCUCUCAGCCCAGCUGUAUUCUCUUCUGGAGGUCAGUUCAGCCUCUACAUCUGUAACAUCAAAGUGCUGUCUCCUGAUUGGACUGUUUUCAGGAAGUGACGUCAGUUUUUGUACAGCUUAAAAGGGGGUCUUGGCUGCUGCUGACAGCUCUGUGGAGAGCUCCAUCCGAUCACAGUUUCUACCGCUGAACACCUCUUCUGAUCAGAGGGUCUGAGAUGGGUGCCGCUAAGAAAGCAAGCAGGAGGGUCCCCCUCUGUCAGCCACACUGCUGGUGGGUUUGGUGAUGCCAGUAGACAUGCCUCGUCACAGCUCGUCAGCUCUCUCCUGGCCCCCACUUCUGCCUCUGGGGACACAUGCCCCAGCCCCCAAGCCCAGUUUGGGAGACGGGGUUUAUUUCAUUUGGAAAUGCGAUUUUGUGGAGACCUCCAAAUGCCAUCACGAGAUUAAUGGUUUUCUGGAGCCGAAGUUUGCCAAACCUGCUAUUGGCAACUCUGGGACUCGUUUCCAGCAGCUCUGCCGAGGGGAGUAACAGCUUGCUUGGGUGGUAUUGACUUUCCAAGAAAACUGUUAGAAGCAACUGCUUCAGGAUGGUUUGAUGCUACCUGAGAAGAGUGAUUCUUAAGGAAAAGAACAGGACUGUCUCUGGAGGAUGAGAAAACAGACAGAAGGAGGGUAAUGUGAAGCCUGGCUCGAAUCCUCUGCAGGCCCUGACACCAGAGCUGUCGGCCUUUGCGGACCAGCCUGGUGUGGACUGAUGGCUGAAGAUGGGAAUAGGCUGCUCCAUGGAAAUGCAAGGGGAGAGGCAAAGCACAGAGAGCUGCAGAUCAGACCCUCCUGAGCCCCCCGGAGCAGCUGAGACCCCUGGAGAAUGCUGGCUCCCAGGUGGCUGGGGGGGUCCUUCCUCUGAGGUGGGAAGGCCGGUGUCUGUGGGACAGCUUCCUCGCUCCUGGGCCCACCAUGGCCUCCACUCUUUGGCUGGACGGCUGAUGUGACUGGUGCCCUGUGUGUGUGCACUGCUGGACUGGGUGCCGUCCCAGGUACCACCUGCUCUCAGGGGCUGGGAGCAGGGCAGGUUGGUGUUAGAUGCUACCAGAAACCCAACAGGCAGAGUGAUGACUUCCUGCAAGUUGAGAUGGAGGUGACCUGAGACCUCCUGGACAUUCCUGGUGACGGCACAGCUGACGAGUUGGAGCACAGGCCUGCUGGGGAGCAGUAUGCAGGAAGCUGGCUUUCAGGCCACAGAUGCUUUCACAGAGUGCAAAUUCACCUGCACCAGCGGGCAGUGCUUGUAUCUUGGUUCACUGGUCUGUAACCAACAGAACGACUGUGGGGACAACAGUGAUGAAGAGAACUGUCUCUUGGUGACUGAACAUCCACCUCCGGGCAUCUUCAGCUCGGAACUGGAGUUCGCCCAAGUGGUCGUGGUGGUGGUGGUGGUCGCGGUGAUGGUCGUGGUUGUCGUCUGCCUGCUGAGCCACUACAGAGUCUCCACCAGGUCCUUCAUCCAUCGCCCGGGGCCGUGCCGGAGGCAGGAGGACGGGCCGCAGCCAGAAGGGCGCCUGUGGCCUUCAGACGGCUCUGGACCUCGGCUUGCCUCAGAGAUCAUGUACGCCUCGCGGUCCAGGGACAGGGGGACUGCCCCGACCUUUUUCCAGAGGGAUCAGUUCAGCCGCUUCCAGCCCACCUACCCCUAUGUGCAGCAUGAGAUCGACCUCCCCCCGACCAUCUCCCUGUCAGACGGGGAGGAGCCGCCUCCUUACCAGGGGCCCUGCACGCUGCAACUCAGGGACCCUGAACAGCAGAUGGAACUCAACCGAGAGUCUGUGAGGGCCCCACCCAACCGAACCAUAUUUGACAGCGACUUAGUAGAUGUGUCCGUAUACAGUGGGGGCCCGUGCCCACCCAGCAGCAACUCGGGCAUAAGCGCCAGCACCUGCAGCAGUAACAGGAGGAUGGAGGGGCCACCCCCAGCCUACAGUGAGGUGAUGGGUCACUGCCUGGGCACCGCACUCUUGCAGCCCCAGCACAGCAGUGCACACAGCGGAAGCAGGCUGCUGCUCCAGCGGGAUGGGCUGCGGGGCACCAAGCUGCCCAUCCAUGGCAAGGACAGGAAGCCCAGGAACCUCGUCUGA